AUGGCCAUGGCCAUCGUCCUCCUCGCCACGCUCUCGCCCUCCCACACCGCGUCAUGCCUGGUUCGGCCGCACGACGUCGUCGGCUGCCAGCCCAGCGGCUACCUCCCGGGCAGGUCCGGGAACUGCGAGACAAGCAACAGCCCCGAAUGCUGCGUCGACGGCAAGCAGUACCUGCAGUUCCUCUGCUCGCCGUCCGUCUCCGCCGCCACCUGGGCCGUCCUCACAGUCAACGGCUUCGGCAAGGGGAAGGACGGCGGCCUCCCGUCCGAAUGCGACGGCGCGUACCACGACGACUCGGAGAUGGUCGUCGCGCUCUCCACCGGCUGGUUCAGCGGCAUGUCCCGCUGCGGCCGCAGCAUCAAGAUCACUGCGAAGGGUGGCAGCUCCGUGUACGCCAAGGUGGUGGACGAGUGCGACUCUGUCCACGGUUGCGACGCCGAGCACAACUACGAGGAGCCAUGCGCCUACAACAUCGUGGACGCCUCGCCGGCGGUGUGGGACGCCCUGGGUCUCGACCAGAGCAUCGGUUUGCAGGGUGUUACCUGGUCUGACGAGUAA